AGCAAGUGUUGAGAGUUUCAGUGAAGCAGAUUCAUCAAAACAGAGUUUAGAGAAAGGAAGAAAUAGGGCAAAGGAAUAUAGAGAAUUCUAAAUAAAGAGAUAUACUAAGUGAGAGUGCAAAGAAGUUAGAAACUUAUUUUGUAUUAUUAACUCAUAUUAAUUAUACAGAAUAAGGAGUUUAUAUGUCACUUCUGUUAUAUGUGCAUGCCAUGCUUUGUUCUAAUUUUCUCUGUCUAAUAUGGCCUCUUGCCAUCCUCUGUCUCCUUGUCACCUGCUCCCCUUUCCUUCCCUAUUAUACUUAUUAUUAUUUUUUUGUAUGGAGGGAGGAGGACUUCCGAAAUAUGAAAGCAUAUUGGGAAAUAGCUAUUCAUUUAAACCUGUUGCCCCAGCUAGGGAACACAGGUAUUCUCAGGACUAAGUAACUAAUAAAUAUGCCAGUCCCACAAUUAGCAUAGUAACAAAAUGAGAAUUCUUGGAGAUAGGAGAUAAUUUAUGACAAAGAGAACGGCACAUGUCUUCCUUAGAGAGGCUGCUUCGCCUGCAGGCCCCAGAGCUGAGCUCCACUCAUGCGCUGUGGGUUCUCCUUCCAGAUGGCUGGGACAGCACGCCACGACCGAGAGAUGGCAAUCCAGUCCAAGAGAAAGCUCACAACAGCCACGGAUCCCAUCGAAAGACUGCGGCUGCAGUGCCUGGCCAGAGGCUCUGCAGGGAUCAAAGGGCUUGGCAGAGUGUUUAGAAUUAUGGAUGACAAUAACAACCGAACCCUUGAUUUCAAAGAAUUUUUGAAAGGGUUAAAUGAUUAUGCUGUAGUCAUGGAAAAGGAAGAAGCUGAAGAACUUUUCCGGCGAUUUGAUAAAGAUGGAAAUGGAACAAUAGACUUCAAUGAAUUUCUUCUCACACUAAGACCUCCAAUGUCCAGAGCCAGGAAAGAGGUAAUUAUGAAAGCUUUUAGAAAGCUAGACAAGACUGGAGAUGGUGUUAUAACAAUUGAAGAUCUUCGUGAGGUAUAUAAUGUAAAACACCAUCCAAAGUACCAAAAUGGAGAAUGGACAGAAGAACAAGUCUUCAGGAAAUUUCUGGAUAACUUUGACUCACCUUAUGACAAAGAUGGAUUGGUGACUCCUGAGGAAUUCAUGAACUACUAUGCAGGCGUGAGUGCAUCCAUCGACACAGACGUGUACUUCAUCAUCAUGAUGACAACUGCCUGGAAGCUCUAAAUGCAAGACCCUGGAGCCCAUGAUUCAACCCCAGCUCACAAACCAGGGUCGUAUUUGCCUGUCAUGCUCAUUCCAGUGUUUCUACCUUGUGGACAGAUAGCAUUUUCUAGGACUCAGGAAAAACUGUUUUCUUAGGUCUAGAAAGGGGGAUUAAAAAGAUCAUAUCUAGAAAGCUCCUAGAGUUAUAGAUGACUCAUGCAGGUGUCUAAUCAACUUUGAAUUUUCUCUUUGGUCAUUAAGGAAAAUUCAAAUGUUUUAAUUAAGAAAAACAUUACCCUGGUUCCUAUUGUAUAUCUUAACCUCCUUUUAGAUCAUCUAUUUCUAGGUGAGAGAAUACCUUGGUUUAUAUGUUUCAGUCCCAAUUUGGGGACCAGAGAAGACGAUGUGUUAGCUUCCGUUCUUGCAUCUGCAUCGUAAGCCACCUUAUUCAGUUACCAAACUGAGUAUUUUCUCUUUGUUUACCACCCAUGUAAAUCUUAGUUUGUUAGUUUGGCCAAUAGAUAAAAGAUGAUUUCUCCCUCCCUCCCUCCCUCCCUCCCUCCCUCCCUCCC